AUGUUCGAAUACGUCGCGCGUCAGUACCGCUGGUACAAGCUCGAGUUUGGUCUCACUAUGCUCAGCUGGUGGGAGGUUGCCAUAUUUAACUCUUUUCUACUACUCGUGACGAGCGUAACUGGCUACUACAUUUACAGCGUUGGCAACCACAUUGUGGCUAUGAUGCUCGGCGAAGUUAAGAAUAUGACUGACUACCCAAAUCGGUGCUUGAUUCGCUGCUGUGUUCAAUUUGAAAGAUAUGAAGACAAUUCAUGA